AUGGCCAGAGGUCCGGUGCUCAGCGGGAACGCACGGAUCCUGGAAGCGGCCCAGGCGGGCCCCGUUGUUCUGGAAACGAGGGUCAUUGUGGGGAGCGGGAGGGAGCCCGUGACGGCCCACCACGUGGCCCGGAACCCUCUCCCAGGAGGGGACAAAAGGGCCACGGCCACAGGCUCCGGACACCUUUCGUCCGUCGGCUACUCCCGCCUCACCAUGAACGUCCUGAGGCUGGCACUCGUGCUCACCCUGCUCGGUGGCCCCCAGGCCCUGCACAUGGGCCCCCAGGACCCCAACUUCACUGAGAAUCUGGUCGAUGGCAAUUGGUUCUCGACAGCACGAGCAUCCAAUGAACCGAAACUCCUAAGGACAGACUCAGACACAAUGCUCUUCAUCCAUAAGAUCCACGUGACCUUCAAGACCAUGCAGUUCCACGUCCACAGAAGGGUAAAGGGUAGGUGUAUCCCAAUUGUACUGACGGCAAGUGAGACGAGAAGGAAGUUUCAGUACGUGCUGAAACGUAAGUACGGACCGGCGGCCUCGUCCAGCCCGGGAGUGGGGGGCCCCGGGGACUCCCGGGCAGAGAACGGCCAGGAGCUCUCUGGCCAGGACGCCGCCUCACAGGAGGGACCCACGGGCUGCGGCACCCCGUGGGCCCUCUCGGCAGCGGGCGGGUGGGAUGCCGGCCACAACACGAUCUUCGUGGAGAAGGCGGAUCCCCACCGCUCUGUUGUCUUCUGCAUCCACAACAGGAGGCACAGGAAGAAGACGGUGAUGGUGGACCUCCUCACAUCAAGAACGGAAAGGAAAGUCUUGAGCGACCCCAUCCUUGCAUCCACUCCUGCCCACAAGCAGAGAGACCCUGCAGUGGCCGGCGGCCCCCACGCUGUACCUGAGGCCACCAGGGCCACUGCCUGUACCACCGGGGACACGGUGUCCCACGAGAGCAGGCAGGACCCCCACCGCGGGCUGGGACAUCCUGCACACGUUCAAGGGUUACUGCGAGAGCCACGGGAUCGGCCGACCGACACCAUCGGCCCGACCCAGACUGGUAAGCCCCCACCCCCAGCCCAGCCUCGGGAGGCCGGAGGGGCACAGCGUGGACCACCACUCAGCACCCCGUGCCCCUCCUGCCGCAGACCGCUGCCUGCACGCCCGACCGUAGAGAGGCUGCUGGGCCCGGGGCCACCGCCAGAGCCACACAUCAAGCCCACCGUGUCCCAGGCCAGGGGUCCCCGGAGGAGGGGUCUCAGGGACAGGCUUGCUGUGCCGCACCUGCACCAGCCUGGACGGAGGGGACCUUCGUCCCAUCAGAAGAGGGGGCCCCCACCCCUGCUGCUGGAAUGA